CUCGUGACGUCAUAGACGGGCGCCAAGCUUCAAGAGAGUGCGGGAAGCUGCAGCUGCAGCUGAACCCUGUGACAGCCAUGGAACCUACGCAGUUAGCGCGGGAACUGAGUUGCUGGGCUGCGGAAGAAAUGCGGGUGCCCCAAGCGGCCCGCCCCCGGGAGUCGACGCUGCGCAGGCUGUGUCUGGGUCAGGGGGCUGACAUCUGGGCCUACAUUGUGCAGCAUGUUCGUAGCCAAAGGAGCAUCCGGACGAUCCGGGGAAACCUUCUCUGGUAUGGCCAUCAGGACAAUCCAAAGAUCCGUCGGAAGAUGGAGCUGGGAGCCACUGCAGCCCGCCUGCGGACAGAGAUCCAAGAGCUAGACCAGAGCCUGGAGAAGAUGGAUCGAGAAACUGAGGCUCAGGACGUGGCCAUGGCACAGACCCUGCAGAGCCUGAAAGACACCCAGCACCGAGCUCUUCUCCUCCAGGCCCAAGCUAGGGCUGUACGAAGACAGCAGCAUGGGCUGCAGGAUCCCAUGCAGCGGCUGCAGAAUCAGCUCAGGCGCCUGCAGGACAUGCAGAGGAAAGCCAAAGAGGACGUGAUCCUUGGACCUCUAGUGUCAGCAGCCCCAGCCAUAGAGCCUGAGGUGUUGCAUGAUGUCCGGGCAGCCUGCUCCCUCCGGGCUCAGUUCCUGCAGAAGCUUCUGAAUCCUCAGGCCAAGGAAGGCAGCACGCAGAGCCCUCCUGACGACCAGUUUGGCUCUUCCUAUCAGCAGUGGCUGAGCUCCGUUGAGACGCUGCUGACGAAGCAUCCUGCAGGCCACAUCCUGGCCGCCUUGGAGUACCUGGCUGCAGAGCGGAAGACGGAGAUCUGGUCCCUGUGUAGUGGGGAUGGGCCCAAAGGCGAGGAGCCGUCCAGGCCUCGGGCCCCGGAGCCAUCAAACCCCAGCCAGGCCCUGCCACCCACUGUUCAUCUCAUCCAGGAGGGCUGGCAGGCUAUAGGGACGCUGGUUACCGAGAGGAGUGAGCUGCUGAGCGAGAGACGAGUCCUGACUGGCCGCCUCCAGGACCUCAUAGAGGAGGUGGAGAGACGUUCUCGGGGAUCCAGUGAGAGGAAAGUACUGCUGCUGGGCCUUAGGUGCAGUGGGCUGUGGGCGGAGCUCAAGGCUCUUCAAGCCCAGAGCCAGGAACUGGAGAAUGCAGCCGGGCACCGGCAGCUCUUGCUGCGGGAGCUGCAGGCCAAGCGGCAGCGGAUCCUGAAGUGGCGUCGGCUGGUGGAGGAGACCCAGGAACAGAUCCGCCUGCUCAUCAAGGGAAACUCAGCCAGCAAGACCAGCCUGAGCCGGGGCCCAGAGGAGGUGCUGGCUCUGCUUCAGCGGAAGCUCAUUCCCACCUUCGAGGCUGUAGCACCACAGAGCCAGGAACUGCUCUGCUGCUUGAAGGAAGAAGCCCAGCAGCUGCCCCACAUCCCGCUGGACCCCCUGCUGCGGCGCCAUGCCGAAGGGCUGGAGCUGCUACCCAGGAUUCUACCAUCCAUCCAUCAGCUGGACCCCAACACCCCAAGGGGCCCCAGCCUCAUCUCUCUGAGUCACACGCUCGGGCUGCCCGUAGGGAAAGCACCCGAACUACUACUUCCAAAGGCUGCCUCUCUCCGCCAAGACCUUCUGUUUCUCCAGGACCAGCAGGGUCUCUUAGAAGGAAAUCUCGUCCGUAUGAAGACCAGUUUGCCUCUGGAACCAUCUACCCAGGAGCUGCUGCAGCUGCUGGCGUCCCAGGAAAAGGAACAGGAAGAGGACAUGGGGCAGGCCCUGAAGAAGCUGAUGAACCUGAUGAAGGAGGCUCUGAAGCACAUCCCUGAGCUCCAGGCGAUUGUUGAGGACUGGUGGGAGCAGCCAGGCCAAGCCACCGUCUCUGAGGAGCUCCGUCAGGGCCUGUCCCUGCCCCAGUGGCAGCUGCGCUGGGCCCAGGCCACGAGAGCGCUGCAGCAGCCAUACAAAUGAAGAGGAGGCUAGCAGAAGAGUCAAGAAAUGCAAUUUAGCCUGGUGCUGUGCAUCUAUUGUCUCUACUAAGGAGGCUGAGGGAAGAGGACUGCUGUUGAUUUCUAAGCCAGCCUGGGCUACACAGCUGGUUCCAAGACAGUCUAGGCUACAUUGUGAGAUCCUAUAUCAAAAAUAGUAUUUAACCCCCCAAGCCUCACCUCCCUCAUAAAAUACUUGAAAGCAAGCA